UGCAGUGACACUACUUCUCACAUUCUCUCUAGGACGACUACAUCAGGAAUGUGGAGGAAACCCCAGUAUCGGAUGAAACUGUGGACACCACCAAGGAUCCGUGCCAGAAGGUGAAGUGUAGCCGCCACAAGAUCUGUGUUACCCAGGGUUACCAGAGAGCAACGUGUGUCAAUGUCAACCGGAAGAAGCUGGAGCACAGAAGCAGACAGCCUGUAGAGCUGAUGCCUCAUGAGAACACCUGUAAGCCCUGCCCUGUGGCCGCUGCCUCCCCUGUGUGUGGUACGGAUAAACACAACUACGCCUCUCAGUGUAAGUUGGAGUGUGUGUUGAGUCAGGGCUGUCUAACAGGGAAGGAUCUGAGUGUGAAAUGCCAGGGCAUGUGCCCCUGUGCCACCUGCUGUGCCCCCAUCACAGAGACCGAGGACAAACACGCAGAGAGCUGUACUGGGCAGGACCUGGCAGACCUUGGAGACCGCCUCAGAGACUGGUUCCAACUGCUCCAUGGAAACGCCAAGCAGAACAACUCAGGCAAGCCUGGACCUGGCACCGCCUCAGUCCUGGACAAGAGCCUGGUGGCCAGCUGUAAGGAUUCCAUAGGCUGGAUGUUCUCGAAGCUGGAUACUAAUACUGACCUGUAUCUGGACCAGGCCGAGCUGGCAGCUAUCAACCUGGACAAGUAUGAGGUGUGCAUCCGCCCCUUCUUCAACUCCUGUGACGGCUACAAGGAUGGGAGGGUAUCCACCGCAGAGUGGUGCCUCUGCUUCUGGAGGGAAAAGCCCGCUUGUCUGGCUGAACUAGAGAGGAUCCAGGUUCAACAAGUGGCCAAGAAGAAGCCUGGCAUGUACAUCCCCAGCUGCGAUGAGGACGGCUACUACAGGCAGCUGCAGUGUGACCAGAGCAUGGGAGAGUGUUGGUGUGUUGACCAGCACGGAGGAGAAAUUAUGGGCUCUAGAAUCCAUGGCAACCCUGACUGUGAUGAACUGCUGGGAUAUUCCGGAGAUUUUGGGAGUGGCGUGGGAUGGGAGGAUGAGGAAGAGAAGGAGGAGAACGGAGAAGAGGCGGAGGAGGAGGAGGAAGAGGAAGAGGGGGAGGCAGACGACGGAGGAUACAUCUGGUAGAAACUGAACCCAAACGGAGAACCUGGUCAGGAUGGAUCCACUGGCCUACAACUACAGGGAUGAUGGAUGAGGCUUGCGUCCCAAAUGGCACCCUAUUCCCUAUGUAGUGCACUACUUUUGACCAGGUCUCAUAGGGACACCCAUAGGGGGUCUGUCAAAAGUAGUGCACUAUAUAGGGAAUAGGGUGUCAUUUGGGAUGCAAGCAUCUUUGUCUCCUAACAGCAAAAGAUUUGGGGAUUUCGGGCAUAGAAUUCUGUCUCUAUUGUCGCCGUGUGGAUCUGGGGAGUGGGAGG